AUGCCGGCAAGCGAGAAAGAACCACCGACAACGCAGGGGCCUUUGCAAGGCACCGCAUCCUCUGGCUCUCUAUGGCCACCUGCGCAUCUCAAGGCUAGCGAGUCCGAACUGAGCAUAGAGCCACGUACAGACAGCGACGGACGAUACCGCAUAGGCUUCAUCGAGCCACCGCCAGAGGCACCGCAGAAAGACGAUGCUCAGCAGCUGGACGUCGGUGGCGGCAGUUUAAAGUUCGACAAUCUGGGACCCAUGGUGGUCAACUCGGAUGGUACCCUCUCGCGCAUUGGCAACUGGUCCAGCAUGACCGACGCAGAAAAGGAGCGCACGUUGCGCGUGCUCGGCAAGCGUAAUCGGCUGCGGGUGGCAGACUUAAAGCAGCACGAAUCUACCUGAGCCAGAGAUCAGGCGUAUCGCAGGUUCUGUAAACGUUCCAUGUUCUCACUCGCAUGGUCCUACAAUACAUGGUUGGUGGGUGAUUGGAAAACAGCGGCGGCAUACAGCAGGGAGCAGUCAGCAGUCGAGCUUGCAGAGAAAAGGCAAAGGGCGCAAAAUAGCAAAAAGAGCAUUGAAAAAGAAGCGAUCCAGCACGCAUGCCAAGGUGGCGCUGCGCUUCCGAAACUGAAAUUUAAUACGAGCACCUUGUGGAAAAUGUCAGAAACUGGAGAGCUGGCUCACG